CGUGUGCUUAUAUAUAAACUGAUUGGAGACGGUUGAAAACGGAGUGCCUAGUUCUGGUGCGGCUUUAAGUGGCCAGUUUUGUGAAAAUGAGUUGGAUUCCAUUGAUGUUGUUUGUUGGCUGCCUGAUAGGAACACAGUGUAGUACAUUGAUCAAGGUCGAUCAUUCCAUUCAAGAACAUGCUACCGUAAUAGUGGAUGUUGCGAAAUAUCUAGCCGACUUCCUGGUUGAGUUCGAGCGCUACCAAAGCACCGAUCGAAUCUCGGAAAGUUUUGUCCGACUGUUGGACCUUAUCAAUUCGAAUGAUGUAAUCGCUCUGGACGAGAUGCUGGAAGCGAAGAGCCCUAAGGUGUGUUUGACAUGUUUGUCCGCUAGCAACACGUUUCUGGAAAUUUACAAACGCUCUGCGAACAAGGAAAAAGAAUAUCUCGUUAAGAUAGCGCAAGAUAUAUGUAAUCUGUACAAUUUUAAAAGUUACGUUUGCGAGGGCGUAGUUUCACUCAACGCAGAUAUGAUUCUCUAUAUUUUGGAGCGUCUGGAAACGAUUCCGACGGCUGAGGGAAUGUGUGAGGUUUCCUAUCAAGGAAACGGUUGCGUCGCAGCCGGUUCCGAUAUUCUCAGCGAUCGGUAUCCUAAGGUGUACAUAAGUUCGUCUAAAAACGAACUAAAAUCGUCCAAAACCUCUUCCUCGUACCCCACGAACCAAAGUCCGUUGAUAAUCGUUCAUCUGACCGACAUUCACCUGGAUCCGGAAUACGUGGUGGGUGUCAACGCCGAGUGCGGAUCUAGCUCCUGCUGCCGAGUGGUACCUGAUCUUGAACCAGCCGAUGCAAGCAACGCAGCCGGUUACUGGGGAGAUUACCGGAAAUGUGAUUCCCCGUGGCAUGCUGUCGUUGACGUUGUGGAUCAGAUUCGUUCACAGCAUCCGGAAAUCGACGCUAUCUACUUUACCGGUGAUAUCAUCCAUCAUUUCACGUGGAAUACUACCCUGGAAAGUAACAAGGAAUCUAUGAGUAGGAUAUACCGACUGCUGAAGGACCGAUUCGCGGGAGUCCCGUUCUAUCCGACAUUGGGGAAUCAUGAGGCACAUCCUUCAAAUCUGUUCGCACCGCACGAUGUUCCCGAGGUUUUGAACACAAAAUAUCUCUACGAUCACAUCGCGGACGAGUGGGAAGAAUGGCUCCGCGACGAAUCGGUCAACGAUACACUCGCCGAUGGCGGCUAUUACACAGUUCUCAGUCCAUUGGGUCACCGAGUGAUCGCUCUGAAUAACAACUUCUGUUUCGUACGUAAUUGGUGGUUGUUGUUCAGCAAUGACUACUUCAUUCAGCAGCUUCAAUGGCUUCAUGAUACUCUGCUGGAGGCGGAGGGUGCUGGAGAAAAAGUUCACAUAUUAGGUCAUGUGCCAUCGUACGACAACGAUUGUUACAUCGGAUGGACCCGAGAGUAUCGAAAGAUUGUGGAACGUUUCGCCCACAUCAUCGAAGGUCAGUUCAAUGGUCAUUCGCACGUCGACGAGUUCAAUGUGUACUACCGAAAAGAUGACCCAUCGGUGGCAGUGAACGUAGCCUGGAACGGCGGUUCGACCACGACGUUCUCCCGACUGAAUCCGAACUAUAAGGUGUUCUACGUUGAUCGGACGAACUUUGAAAUUUUGGACCAGGAAACGUGGAUAUACAACCUAACGGAAGCCAAUCAGCACCCGACACGUAAACCCAAUUGGUUCAAGGAAUACACUUUCAAGGCCAACUAUGGUUUGAACGAUCUCAGCCCCAACUCGUUAGACGGUUUAGUCCAUAAACUUGCCAACUCUGAAAGUGAUCUACUACAAUACUGGCAACUGAAACAGAAAAGCGCUGAUCCACUGCUGACCGAGGGUUGUGAUCAAAACUGUCUACGAAGUGCUCUCUGCGCUAUCGUACGAACCGAGUACGGCGAUGACGCCGCGUGUGAGCGUCUUCUGAUGACAGGGUCCCGUAAGUGAAACACUUUGCGGCUGUCAAAGUUAACACUAAAAGUUUUAUUUCUAUAAUUCACUAUACAUGAUGCUUCUAGGUGCCUGUGCUUUUAUAUGUUUUGCUUUCUCCAAUCUUAUUAGUGUGUAUUUGAAAUAAAUA